AUGCAUUUAGACGACUUACCAUUGCCUAAACAGCGUUUACAACAUCAACGGUACGUUUUAUGGACCGUAGAGCCUCCAUACCGUGUCCCCAAACGUGUUGCUCAAAUGAAUUCUUACUUCAAUUGGACAAUGACUUAUCGUCAAGAUUCGGAUAUAUUGUCGAGAAUUAUGUUCUGGAAGAAACGAUCAUCGCCCAUAUCGAACAAUAAAACAGAUCAUUUAAAUGACCGUCAACCACGUGUAUUAUGGCUUGUUAGUAACUGCCAAUCCGAUAGUCGUCGGGAAGAUUACAUGAAACGUUUGUCGAAAGUAAUACCAACAACGAUAAUAGGUAAAUGCCGCAACAUCCUCUCGUCUUUAUCAACAUCAUCGUGUGAAAAUCUAUCUGCAUAUGAUUGUCUUCGUAUCCACGCCCAUAAUCACACAUACUAUUUUGCGUUUGAGAAUUCGUUUUGCUUAGAUUACAUAACAGAAAAAUAUGACUAUCAGGUGGCUAUGAAGCAUAUGAUACCAAUUGUUUAUGAUUCAAAUGAACAUAAUAACUACAAGCGUCUGGCUAUACCGAAUUCAUAUAUUGAUGCAUCUCAAUUCAAAUCACCCGAAGUUCUUGGACAAUACCUAAACGAUCUUAUACUUUUAGGCAGCGGUUUCAAUAAGCCAAAAUAUAAUAACUACUUUCAAUGGGCAGAUCGUUAUGAAAUAUCUUUUUAUAAUCAAUUCGAAUAUCGAUGCACACUUUGCCAAAAGUUACAUCUGGAUGAAGGCUCUACUAAAAUCUAUUCAAACAUCAAAAAGUGGCUCUUUCAAGAUGCGAAAUGUUAUCGAUGGUCUGACAGUGACAACGGAUUGGUUAAAGUGCCACAGAGUCACACAAUGAUUUUCUCUAAUCGGAUUACGGAAGAAACAUUGAGCAUAGCUUCAAUCUAGAGUUAAUACACGAAGCGGUAAAUAGCGAAUUUAUUCCGCAGCAUGAGUCAAAAGUCACCGGAUAGUUGUUGAUUCCGAAGAACUUUAACGUUUGUUAUCUGUUCAUUCCAAAUUCACCAUGCAUAUAGAGCAAUGUUUGAUUUAAAGAAGUGUACAGUGCAAUCAAUGAAUAACAGUGCUCCAAAUGUCCGCCUUCAGCGAUGGGGAAGUUAUAAUAGCGGGAUUCCACUGAGCGACAGAUUGAGGCUGCGGGUGUGGGCGUGGCCGUGGUUUUAAUUAGAUGAAUAAGCACACCCACAUCCACACCCACAUCCACACCCACACCCCCCCCCCCCCCCCCCCCCCCCCCCCCCCCCCCCCCCCCCCCCCCCCCCCCCCCCCCCCCCCCCCCCCCCCCCCCCC